UGUAGGAACAUGUAGGAACAUGUAACCCGGAAGGAGGAAAGGGCAGGAACAUGGGGAAUGAAUCCAGGGAAUAUAGGGAGCAUACAUACAGUACGCAUACCAUAACGGACAUGGGGAACAUAACGAACAUGGGGGAAUAUAGGCCUGGAACGUUACCAUCGUCGCCGUCGUUGCCACUUACCACCAUUACCAACAAACAAAGCCAUACUACACAUCACCAACUGCCAACAAACAAACUACCCGUACCAACCAUCUACAUUCUUCCAUCAUCACCUCAUUCACCCUUCUUCCUGCUCGAACCCUUUGGUCCCUCACCGUUCCCCUCGCCGCACCUCCUGUCCUCGCCGCCCUCGAUCAACCCUUCCCUAGCCGUCUUACGACAUCAAAACGUACCAUCCUAUUGUGGCACCUAAGACAUCGUUCGAGCCCACGGUUCGGUGCCACUGAUUCCUGAGCCUAAAAAACCACGCCGCUCUUCUCUUGGUAGCUAUUCCGAACUACCCACCACAUCUACUGUUGAAAGGUAGAAGGGCUGGGUUAGGCCAUCGCUCUGAAUCACUUCACCUCUACCCACCCACCUGUCUACUAGCCUACCUAUAUCUAUCUACCCUACCCUACUUACUCCCUCUUUCUAUCUUGACGACAUUAUUUCAUCUUUUGAUUCAAAUAUCAACCUAUUCUGCCAUCAUUAUACAUCACUAUCCUUCGAUACCCAUCAUAUCCACCAUUGCCCAUCACACUUGCUGUCACGAUACGCUGUAUACCCAAACGACAGCAAACUCGGUAUAACCGCGUCGGCCAUCGUUGCCUUGCGACCUGCCUCGCCAAUCCUUUGCGACUUGCCGCUUGUGACUACGAAACUUGGCUCUCGUCCAUCGCCGCUCCGUCGCGACCGACGAUACCACCAUUCAUCCUACUUCUCGGCGGUUCCUGUGUAAUGUUGGUUCCCUCGGCCAAAUCAACCUGAAACGUCCAAAACUCGUCCGUGUUCUGACCACCACGACCCACCAACAGCGUCCCGAAACACCCUCUGUUGAACGUCAUUCCACACGUCGAGCCUGUCAUAAACAACAAGUACGGUCAGCCGUAGGCAGGCGCUGACAAAGCUACACCCAACCCCGUACCUACCAACAUCGAGCCAAGGUUCGCCAGCCCUGCGUUGAGGCCGAUCCUGGUCCCGCGGUUGACUUGGAUAUGCCAGCCUACACCUACAUGUGGCUCCCACAGCUCUUGACCCACUGAGCGACAAGACUUAUACCUCAGGAGACGCUCCUCGAACCUUCGACCUCGUGCCAUAAGAUCGUCCCAUCUCGUCCGGUCGCAGGCGGGAUAAACUACACGACCCGGAAGCGAGGCAACCCAUCUCCAGCUGGGUGGCGAUACAAUACAUACACCUGGUUAUGGCCGCGUUUCAAUCUGUCAAUGCGGUCCUGACCCCCACGAGGCCUUUUUUCAAGCAAGAAGACGCGCAGCCGGCCACGACAGAACAUAAUGCUGGGCCAAGUUCUGCUGGGCCAAGUUCUGCUGGGCCAAGUUCUGCUGGACCAAGUUCUGCUGGACCAAGUUCUGCUGGACCAUCAACGUCCAAACUGGACGAUGCAAAGACACCUACCAAGACUAGCUUCGCGGCAUUACCGUCGCAGAACGAUUCCAAGGCAGGGGAACCCUCAUCGGCCGCCACCACUUCGGAGUUCAAAAAGGCCGCAAAGCGCGAGAGCUCACAGUACUCGACGAAGUCUCGAGAUUCCGAAGAUGUAGAUAUGGAUGACUCAGAUGGAGACGACGACGGGUCGGAUGAAGAUAGCAUAGCUGCGGAUGGGACGCGGUUGACGAAAAAGAAGAAAUCCCAACGAUUUUUCUGUACAGAAUACCCACCUUGCAAUUUGAGUUUUACUAGGAGCGAGCAUUUAGCACGGCAUAUACGUAAACACACGGGGGAACGCCCCUUCCAGUGCCACUGUUCACGGCGCUUCUCGCGGCUGGAUAACCUGCGACAACAUGCCCAGACCGUUCACGUAAACGAGGAUAUCCCCGGCGACUCGCUCGCAGCCAGCAGCACGAGAUUCCAGCGCCAGAUACGGUCUGACCGUGUAAGGCCGGCCGGUAACCGCUCGCGAGCGAGCACGUCGAGCAGUCAGCCCGGGAAGCCUCGUGGCCAUACAAGGAAUUCCCUGUCAGCAUCGAGCAUCGGGUCCAUCUAUGCGGGCCGGGAGGAUCCACGUCGCAGGCCGGCACCCCUCAUCAUGGCUGGCGAGCCGCGGUCACGGGUUUCGUUUGAUAGCUAUGCGUCCAGGGAGGGACACUAUGUGUCGCCCAGUGGUUUCGUCAAUAGUGGUUUCAACACACCUACGUCGUCCAGGUACUCGGGGGGGUAUGACAGUUCGCAGUGGAGCUCGGCCAUGGGAUCACCCGUCCGCGGCCACUCCAGAACAGCCAGCAUGUACUCCGAACGUCGGAUGGCUGCUCGUCGCCUAUCCGUGCCGUCCUCAGAGAACCCUUUGGGGCCUCAAGGCUUUAGCCCAUCGUCUUUUGGACCGCCGACGCUGGCACCACUGAGCUCUGGCAGCCAAGAGCCCUUCUUGCCAUCAGGAAGCAUUAUGGCGAGCCCAACCUCCCCAAUAGGCCCGUCAUGGUCGAGGCGGGAUUCCCUUGCCAGUGCCGCCGAUGACUAUCGCCGCCGCACGUGGCAUCACCCUGAGUCGCAGCCAGGUUUUACUAGUAGGCUGCAAAGUGUUACGUCUUCUACCUCCCAACGGCCUACUCCUCCCCCAUCAGUCGCCUCCGCAAUCAGUGGUCAGAUCACCCUCCCCGGAAUCGAAUCCUUCCUAUCACGUCCCGUGACCCCACCCCGCCGUAACCUCUCGCCAAUGGAACUUGACACGCCCACCCGCCCUGAAUACGCCUGGUCUGACGAUCGCUCUGUUGCUGCAGCCAGACAAUGGGACUCCAGCCUCCCACAUAACUUCACGCGCCUCGAGAUUGCCCAGCAAACAUCCCGCCCCGAUGAUGCCAGCGCCUGGGCCACAGACGCUACACGUGCCAUGCAGGAGCGUGCAGCGCAACAGUCACAGGUAUCCCCUCGCCCCCAGCCACGCGUAAGCUUCAGCGCUACGACCUACCCAGCCCAAGAACCCCCACCCCGGCACCCGAACCACCACAUUAGUGCCCCGCCCCUGACCGCACGCGACUCCAAGAGGCAGGGCUGGUACGCGGGACCGUUGCCGCAACGCCAGCGCCCGUCUCCCGAGGGGGGGUCGAGUAGUUCCGAUAACGGCAUUCCCGGGACGCCGCGGAUGGCGGGGCAUGGGGAUUACGGGCCCGUGAUCGUCCAGCAACCCGGUGGGGGGUGGGACGAGCGCGAUCGGGAGGGGCAGCGGGCGGCGGCGGAGCAGGGGCGGCAGGAGCAGGGGCGAGAGGGGAAUGGGCCGGGUCAGGGGCAGGGGCAGAAAGGGGGGAUCCCGGCGGCGAUUGGGCAGGCGUAUUCGGCGUACGGGGCCGUGACGCUGCCGCCGCCGGUGGAAGUAGUUAAGGCUGAUGAUGGGAUGUUACGCCUAGAGGCGCUUGUGGCCGUGGCGACUGGCGAGAGUAGGAAUAACGCGGCAGCUGCGUAUUAGGACGUUUUUGUCCUAUUGUCCUACCUGCCGUGCCACCUCUCGGUCUCGUCGUCUCGUCGCAGUCGCUACUUCCGCGUCCCCUUUUUAGGGGGCUGCAAAAUAGAAGGAUAGGGGGGUUUCAUGCAGACGGAUGAAUAAAGUCAAGAAAGAGGGGGGAUAUGGGUAAAAGGAAGGAACCGAGACGGUUCUGGAUUUUAAAUAUGACUUAUAUGAUCCGAUCUGGGUACAUCCCCCGGCCGCCAUUUCACGAUUAUUUCAAGGGUGUUAUGGAAGGGGAUAGGAAGACAGGUGGGGUCUGCUUUCCUUGGCCGGGUUUUACGACAUUCAUUUUCCUUUUCUUGGCAGCAUCAUUUAACGGCCUUGAUAUUCUCAUGCUUGUUAUUGUUUUUUUAUCUUAUUUUCCUUUGGGAUGGCGAACCCUCCAACUACUACUACGAGUCCCACUUGAUCUGGAACGGACAAUCAACUACGCGUCGCGCGUCAGCUCCGUAAUGCACUUUCCUGCGCUGUACAUAACAAAUCCUUCCAGCUCGGCGCGGGAUCCAUCACCUUGGACGCCAUCUCAGUGCACCUUACUACACCCGCUUCUCAGCACUUGUAUGUUUCCUUUCGAAGGGGUUGGCUUUUGGCGCGGGCGGUAGGAGGUCUGAUUGGGUAGGGUUCUGGGUUCUGGGUUUUUUGGGGUCUUUCCUUUGGUUUGUCUCGCAGGAUUUGGAGAUACACAUAUACCCACUUUACUUUCGUUUACGAUUAUCAAACCGCCCGCCCCUUUCUCUGGGUAGGCUAGGGGGAGUUCAUGGGCGUUAAUUUGGAAGGAAGGGAUGGGGGUUGGGUGAGGCUAUGAUGUGGUGGUGGCGUGUAUUGAGGUGUGUGGAAUUGCGGAUGGAAUGUUGAUAGUCGGCAUCGAGUGGCCGACGGGUAUGAUGUUAUGAAAGGGGACGAGGGGGGGGGGUAUUUAUUAGUAAAACGAGAAAUUAUGUUGAUGUGGAUUUGUAUGUGUGGGCAUGCAUGCGAGUGUCUGUACGUAUUGAGCAAUCCAAGGCUGAAGUUUUGGGUCUACGACCCACGUGCCGAGAAUGGUAGUACUGUAGUUGCAAUAACGUUCGCAAUGGCGUAAUGAGCACCAAAACCCCCACCUUGCAACUUCAAACUCGUAAACCACAAACAAUGGCGAGAAGCUCGUAUGGCUGAAGCUAUAAUAGCUUACCAGAAUCGACAAUUUACAAGCUUAAAAGGCUAUUGCGGAACACUUUCAAGUUGAUCGGAUGACUUUGACGCGUCGCGUGUUAGGGAGCCAUUCCCGAGUGCAAGCGCGACAAAACCAGUAAAUUUUAUCUGCAGUUGAAGAGAGUACCUUGGUUAAGUGGAUUUGCUAAUUCUCUUUGAUGGGACGCCCUAUUAGACACUAGGAAUAAAGGAAUUAGCGCAAGCAAUCAGGAUUCAAAAUGCGUCAACGACGCGUCAUCUCAAAUUGGACG